UUCAAGCUGCAAUGCUGAACCAUUCCCAUUUUCCUUGUAUGAUUUGCUGGAACAAAGUUUGCCUUUCUACAACAUGCUUAAGUGCCACGCAAGAGGCUCAUCUUUAUUGAAACCCCAUCUGCCUCUGCCCAGUCUUCCAGUUCCUGCCAAUGAGAAGCUGCUUGUUUGGGUUGGUGAUGAGAUCAUACCCCGUGACAGUGCAAAGGUUUCAGUAUUUGAUUCAGUUGUCCAAGGUGGUGAUUCGGUAUGGGAGGGACUUCGUAUUUACAAUGGGAAGAUAUUUAAGCUUGAGGAGCAUCUAGAUAGAUUGUUUGAUUCAGCAAAAGCUCUGGCCUUCAAUAAUGUGCCGACUCGUGAAGAGGUUAAGGAAGCAAUAUUUAACACUCUUAUUAGGAAUGGAAUGUUUGAUAAUGCACACAUCCGUCUAAGCUUGACACGUGGCAAGAAGGUUACUUCAGGAAUGAGUCCAGCUUUUAAUCUCUAUGGAUGCACAUUAAUCGUUCUUGCUGAAUGGAAGCCACCUGUCUAUGAUAAUGCAAAGGGUAUAACUCUUGUAACUGCUACUACACGGCGUAAUUCACCCAAUAUGGAGGGUUCUUCCUUGGUUCCUGUAUAUUCUUGGAAAUAUGCUGGUAGCUUUUGGUACCAGAAUUUGGAUUCAAAGAUUCACCAUAACAACCUUUUGAACAACAUACUUGCAAAGAUAGAAGGGAAUAAUGCAAAUGCUGAUGAUGCCAUAAUGCUUGAUAAGGAUGGUUAUGUGUCUGAAACGAAUGCUACAAACAUUUUCUUAGUGAAGAAAGGCCGUGUCCUAACACCUCACGCUGAUUAUUGUCUUCCUGGUGUAACUCGAGCAACUGUCAUGGACCUUGUGGUAAAGGAAAAUAUCAUUUUAGAGGAGCGACGUAUCAGUCUAUCAGAGUUCCAUACUGCGGAUGAGGUGUGGACAACAGGAACAAUGGGAGAACUCAGCCCAGUUUUGAAGAUUGAUGGGCGUGAAAUUGGGGAUGGACAAGUGGGACCAGUAACUCGAAGGUUGCAGAUUGCUUACAAAAAUCUGACAGAAGGAUCAGGAGUGCCCAUACCCACCUAUCAGGAGGCUUGAAAACUGCAUUUCCUCAAGGCGCACAAAUGGCGGAAUGGAGGCAAGGGUUGAAGAUGAAAUAGGAUGACGACCGAAUUUCGAAAACUUCGGAGUAAAUGUCGGUAGUCGGGCGACUACAAGGGGUUAUAUAGUGAGGUUAACUUAUUAAUGCUUGAUAUGUAAUUGUCAUUUGUAAUAAAAAAAAAAAAAAAUCUAUGAUGUUUGUUAAUUAUUCAGCCUGAGGCCGUUGUGAAAAAUGGUGAUGUUAUAAUCCAACAAUUAUACGAGGCAUUAUUUGUAUGGAAUUUUAGAUAAAUUUUAUCCAAAUUCUGUCUAAUUUGAAUUA